CUUCAUACAAUCAAAUGAGUGAGUAAGUAGGAGACUACUAUAGGUAGGUAGGAGUACGCGGAAGCAGGUACCGGUCACGAAUUUCUGCACCUCACCUAGGUACCCCAGGGUGUACAAUCUACAAAGUACCGUUCCUAAUGCGAGAAGAGGGUAGCAUUCAGCCUUGCAUAUCGUGUCUCCCAUCACCAUCACCAUCGCACCUGCCUGUGCCUGUGCCUGUGCCUGCACUUGCCCGGAAACACCAAGCUCCUGAGAAGGAGCGAAAGCCGCACUGCAACUGCUCCCAAAGAUGGACCCCUUAACUGCGGGUUCUCUCGCUGGCACGGUUAUCCAAUUCGUGGACUUCACCGCCAAGCUAGUAUCAUCCGGCACCCAGUUAUAUAAAUCCAGCGAGUUGCAAUCCAACAUCAUUGCUGGGGAGGCGGCAGAUCAUAUCCAAAUGCUCGCCUCUUCGGCACUUUCUGAGAUACAAGACUACCAAUUCAAACUCCGACAAGGUAACAUCUCGACCUCACAGGAUUUGUCUCGAGAUGGGAGGCUACUCCAGGAUUUGUGCCGGAAAUGUACAGCAGAAGCCGACACCUUGACCGAGCUGUUGAGCAAGCUCAAGGUGCCCGCGACAACACAACAUCGAAAAUGGAGGAGCCUAGCGCAAGCCUUAUCCGGCAUCUGGUCCAGAAAGGAGAUUGACGGACUAAUGCACAACCUCCAAGAGUAUCGUACACAAGUCAACUCGCAGGUUCUGGUUUCGCUGGGGUAAGUCUAUAGUCUCCUCCGUCUUCUAGGCCUUCUGACAUACUGGAUAGCUCUCGAUUGGAUCUGAUGGCUGUUCAGGCGUCGGAUAAGUUUCAGUCGCUCGCCUUUGAUAACAAGACAAUUAUUUCUGCCUUGCUCAAUCUCCAAGCUACUGUCUCUGGGGAGUUCCAAGUCCAACUUAGAACACUUAGUGUACUUUUGAACCGAACAGAAAGUGUGAUUGCGGAUCAGGAACAUCAUACCCGCAAAGUAAUGGUGGAUGUGCUUCAGCAAGUGUUGGAUUUUGAUGAGGAUGCCGUACAACCGACUCCUGCUCAGAUAAAGGGACAGAAGGAAAGAGCUAUAAGAAUUGAGGUAUCAGAUGAAAUCCUCGAUAGCCUCAGAUUCCCUUCAAUGGGAGAACGGUUUGAAGGGGUGGCCGAGGCACACCAAAAGACCUUUGAGUGGAUAUUCCAGAAACCAAGGGGCGCAUCAGGCGGCGAACCACAGCGGCAAUGGAGUGAUUUUAACCACUGGCUCCAGUAUGGUGAUGGAUUGUAUUGGAUCAAUGGAAAACCUGCAUCCGGGAAAUCGACAAUGAUGAAAUUCAUAAUUACCCACCCUACGACCGCAAAAUCCUUAGCACUUUGGAUUGCAGAUUCUCCGCAAUCGGUUCCUCUCUAUACCGCGAGCUUCUUCUUUUGGGGCUAGCGGCACUUUGUUACAAAAGUCGCAGGCAGGUCUUCUUCGAUCUGUGCUUCAUGGUGUGCUGCGGCAGAACACAAACUUGAUACCAGUGGUCUUUCCAAGACAAUGGUCUGCCCGCUAUUUGGAAAAAAUCUCGCCGUCGCCUAGUAAGCGGCUUCAGGUAUGUUCAUGACUAUUCGCCCGUAAUAUGAUUGACAUUGCAUCGCACCUUUGUUCUUUCUAGGUGUCUUCAUUUGGAUCAAUAACUAAUGCUAUUCAGAAAGAUACAUGGCUCCUGUCCGGUUAGAAGCUGGCAUUCAAAACAUUGGUAUACCAGAGUCAGAUACCGUUGAAAACGUGCCUGUUUAUUGACGGCCUGGAUGAAUACGAUGGCCUAGACGAAAGUGAAAUAGCCAAGUUGUUCCAGGAAGUAUCAGACUCUCCUAAUGUCAAGUUGUGCGUUUCCAGUCGUCCACACCAGGUCUUUCAGGACGCAUUCGCCACUAGACCAAGCCUACGCGUACAAGACCUUAGUGCUUCGGACAUCAAACAAUUCGUGCCGGAUGAACUUGGUGACGAUGCGAGGAUGAGACUGUUAUCAAAGUCCGAGCCAUACGAGGCACCUAAGCUCGUCAAAGAGAUUGUGACCGCAGCGAGCGGCGUUUUUUAAUGGGUUAGACUAGCAGUGGCUUCGCUCCUCAGAGGUCUCGGGGGACAUGAUACGGUCUCUGACUUGCAGGCUCGACUCCGGAUUCUUCCUAGGGACCUCGAAAAACUUUAUUCGCACAUAAUACUAAAAGUCGAUGAAACUUAUCGGGCGGAGGCAUCGCGAUUACUCACGCUAAUUCAUGAGGCAACGACUCACCGGCCUGAUGGCGAUUUAGUUCUCCCAGUAUCACCUUUGACCAUUCUCGCUGCUUCCUUUGCUGAAGACGCCGACUUUGACUUGAUAUGCUCAAAACCGACGGAAUUUUUGGCUUGGGAGAAGCUCGCACAUCGCUGCGAGAGAAUGGCUUCUCGGAUAGGAAGCCGGUGUGGAGGCAAGUCUCUCUAUUAUGAUUUCCUCGAAGCGAGUGUUGGACUUUUUUCGGAGAGUAUACAAUGCCCUUUGGGGUGUGUUUCUACAUACCAGAAAGCCUAUUCUCCAGAACUAAUUUGUUUCCAAAACUUCCAGGACUUCUCGAGGUACAAUUUAGAGGCGAUAAAAUGGUGCUACCCCAAUCGCAUGUCUCGUAUCUUCAUCGCACUGUGAAGGAUUACUUGAAUAAGCGAGAAAUUCGGGAGACCCUCAAAAGUUGGACGGGUCAAGCGGACAACACAUACGAGCCAUCCUUGGCGAUGCUAAAGGCCCAAACACUGCAAUUGAAGUCAAUAAAUGCUUCUGGCUGCAAUUUUGUCAAGGUAGAGGAUUGUUUGGAAAGCGCUAUUUUGUACGCACGUCGACUGGAGUCGGACACGCGGACUUCUCAAUUUGAGCUCCUGGAGGAGCUUUUCGCGACUGGAUACGGCUGGGCGCGUGGCCACCAAGCCGCAGCUCAAGUUCUUCACUCGCGCUCAAGUUCACUGACCAUCUCUAUCUAGUACGGCUUACACAGAUAUGCUGGCGAAAAGCUGAGGCCAGAGAAAGUUCUCCAAGGACCUUGUGGCAAAGAUUUAUUGGAAUAUGCCAUCAUCCACCGGGGUAUAUUAAGCAUUCUCGUGAGCGCGAAAGUUGUAUCGACGCUACUAGAACUCGGUGCUGAUCCCAAGAAGAUCCAAUGCAAACUUAUCGAGGCUCUUUUAAAGGGCUUUGGGGCGGGUAAGAUGGAAGCGCUCCCGGGAGCGGAUGCCCGGUUUGAUUACCGGGCGUACUAUUUACGUGAGCGGGCGGAGAUCAUAUCCUGUCUCCUGAGGGCGGGAGUCGUUCUCGAUGCCCAAACCGUGGUAGAAUUAAGGAGAAAAUAUGGGGCGAAAUCACAGUUGCUUGAAGAUGCUCUUGGGACUGUGCCUGCUGUGGCUUCUUCGAGGUUGCGUAUGGGAUUUAGGAGGUUUUUGAGGAGGAUUAAAUGAUACUGUAUAUAUGGUAGUUUGUGUUGAUUUAGUUUGUAUAUUUAUAUACAGGUCUGUGUAUGUGUGUGUAUGUGUGUGUAUG